UGCCCUGGUCGGGGAAUGCCCUGGUCGGGGAAUGCCCUGGUCGGGGCUCCGCCGCUCGCUCUCCUCCGACGCUGCCGCCCCAACAGGCCUCGGCUACUCCAUACCCAGAGCUCGGGCGGGCGAGCAGCGCUGGAGUGCUUCCAGCUCCCCGUCACCCCCGGCCGCUGUGGCCCAGCCGCCCGGGCUGCCUCAUAUGCUGCGUAAAAAGCUUUCUGCAAAUUGGAACGCCGUAGCUCUGUGGGCAUGGGACAUUGUGGUUGAUAACUGUGCCAUUUGCAGAAACCACAUUAUGGAUCUAUGCAUAGAAUGUCAAGCCAACCAGGCAUCGGCUACCUCUGAGGAAUGCACAGUAGCAUGGGGCGUCUGCAAUCACGCUUUCCACUUCCACUGCAUCUCUCGCUGGCUCAAAACUCGCCAAGUAUGUCCGCUGGACAACAGGGAAUGGGAGUUCCAAAAGUAUGGACACUAGAGAGAUGGUCACACGCUUCUUGUUAUGUCAUCGAACUCAGUUGUUCUUGUCACUAUGGGUUUGUUUUAGUGACUUGGAAAGUCAGUAAUGUAUACAAUUCUUCUUUCAUGCUAAUUUCUUCCUAUUGUAUACCACUGAAUAAAAUCUUGCUGGAGCUUCCUGUCAAA